CUGAAGUGGGAAAUGGCAGACAUAGGCUGGUGGUGAGGAAAGUCCAGGACUGCCAGUGUGUGUUCAGAUACCUCAGACUUUCACAAUGGAUACCAUAACAGGUGGAGGAUUCUCGAAGGUGAAAGACGCUGAUGAGGAAAUUCAGACAAUCUGUGAUGAGGUUAAGUGUCAAGUAGAGGAAAAAAGAAAUGAAGCAUAUGCCGUGUUCAAAGCUGUUCAGUACAAGAGUCAAGUGGUGCAAGGAUUCAACUAUGACAUCAAGGUUCAUGUGGGAGGAUCCAGCUACCUUCAUCUGCGGGUCUGGAAGAAGCUUCCAUGUUAUGGAGGAGAAGCCGUAGUUACUGAUGUGGAAGACCAUCAUGACAAAGAUCCCAUCCAACCUUUUUAACUUUUUCGAGCUACAGUAGCUCGACUGCUGGAUGGGACCACACAGGCCAGCUCUCACUCCCCACAUGCAUCAAUAAGCCUUGGCUGCCCAUGACCCUGUCGCUGGUUCACCACUGUUCGUUCCUUGGACCUGUUCCUUUCAGUGUACACUGUAUUUCCAUGAAUGUCUUUUCACAGGUUUCAAAAAAACUCUGCACCUCCCAUUUUCUGAACAAAAUAAACCAAAAUGAGGGGUGGCUAAAGACUUUUGCACAGCACUUAACAAUUCCACUGAAGAAUAAACUCUUUUCAGCUGCAGCAUUCUCCAUGGUGUUUUUUUUGCCACGUUUCAUUGCAUUUCAGCUUUAUACGUUUUGGACCUUUGAGAAUCUCGAGUUUGUAAUAACUGAGCUGCCAGUGGCUCAGUGAGGUAGAAAAGCAUCAACCAACCUGUUUUAUGUGCACAUGUAAUCAAGCAGAGAUAGGCAGUAACGCGCUACUUGUAACGCGUUACUGUAAUCCGAUUACUUUUUUCAAGUAACGAGGAAUGUAAGGGAUUACCAUUGCAAAAACGGUAAUUAGAUUACCGUUACUUUCCCGUAGGAACGCUGCGUUACUGCGUUACUAAAACCAUGAGUUUUUUGCGAGAAUGUCUCAUGACAGUGACGUAAGCUAGUGCGACGUUCAUGACAACAGUUGUCUGCAGAUCAACAAUGGAUAAUAUAUCGAGUGCGGGAGAGAGCAUGAGCGUGCAGCGUUUAAAGCGUGGAAGUACUGACCUUAUUUUGAGUUUGAUUCCAUAAAAAGUGACAAAAACAUUAG